GUUGUGUUGUGGUUGUGUUUGUGGCUAGAGCGUUGUUGUUUUUAAAUGUGAUUUUUGAGUAUGCAAUAGUUUCUUAGAUUUGAGUAAAUAAUCUGCGAUAGAAUUAUUUUAUUAUUCUUUAUAAGUUAUAUAUCCUGAAAUGAAGACUGAACAUUCAAUAAAUCCUGUAGAGGAACCAUAUAGCAAGAGGAGCAUGAGUUCCAGUACAACAUGUUCAACAUUGAAAAGUGUCAAAGAUGAACACUGGGAUGGAGUUAACCAGGAGAAAAUGGAGAAUCAGUUAGUAGUUGGGGUUAAAUCCGAAAAAUCAGAGCCAGAAGCAGAACCAACUGUGAACAACACAAAGUUUGAAAAUAUGGACACUUUGAUGCUAAAUGAAGAGUUUGACAUCAAAUAUGAAUGUGAAGAUGCCAUAUUUGUUAGAAUUAAAGUUGAAGAGAAAUUAGAGUCUGGACUUGAAGCUCACUCGACAGCAGAUACAGUUAACCAGAUGAAAAUGGAGUUCCAAGAAUCUGAAAAGCUGGAAGAAAAACCAGAUUUAAGGAGCACAAAUCUUGAAAAUAUGAACGCGUUAGGGCUACAUCACGAAUUUGACAUCAAAACUGAGAGUGACCAAGAUGACAGGCAUGAUUCGGCGUCCGAUAGACUACCAAUAAAGAAAACGCGGGAAAAGGAACAACGAAAUUCACCGAUCGAAGAAGGAAAACAGUCGUUCAGCUGCUAUAUUUGUAACUAUACGAGCCACUGUAAAAAGGGUUUGAUCGGUCAUAUCAAAAGGAACAAUUGCUAUUUAGGAUCUAAUUUGGGAAAAUCACGAUCUGUAUCCAGAAAACAGUAUCAGUAUUGUUGUAUCAAAUGUAAUAAGGUGUUCAAAAGCAAAACAUCACUAGAUAAUCAUUUGGUUAAAAAUCAUGUAGGAUCUAUUGCGUCAGUUUCAUCUAAAAUACAUGAAUGCGCAUUCUGUGAUUAUAAAACCGCUUAUAAAGGGGAUAUAACUAGGCAUGUGCUAAAGCAUACUACUAAACUACGCAUAUGCAAACAUUGUAAUACAUCAUUUAAAACAGAACGAUCGCUUUUUGGCCAUAUUUUAAAGAGACAUCCCAACUUUAGCGGGACAGUUUCUAGUAAGAUAUAUGAAUGUAUGCAUUGUCCACAUAAACAAAUAGCUAGGAGUAGUUUUAUAAGGCACCUGGCAAGACAUGAUACUCAAACGACUUUCAAAUGUAAUAACUGUGAUGCAUCAUUCAGUACUAAACGACGCUUAGAAAACCACGUCUUACAGAAACAUCCUAAAUUUGAGUCAUCCGUGUCUUGUAAAAUACAUAAAUGUACACAUUGUGAAUAUAAAACUACAUUUCCACACUGCUUAGCUAGUCAUAUGAUGAAACAUACUGGUGCUAAGCUCAAGUGUACAAAGUGUGAUAAGUCAUUUACAACUAUACGAACAUUAGACGAUCACAUUUUGCGGAAACAUCCUGAGUUGACUACUUCUGUAUCUCGUAAGAUACAUAAAUGUACCCAUUGUGAAUAUAAAACUAUAUAUAAGGAUUAUUUAGUUAGCCAUAUGAUGAAACAUACUGGAUCUAAGCUCAAGUGUACAAAGUGUGAUGCGUCAUUUACAACCAUACAACCAUUAGACAAUCACAUUUGGCGGAAACAUCCUGAGUUUACUACUUCUGUAUCUCGUAAAUUACAUAAAUGUACACAUUGUGAAUAUAAAACUACAAAUAAGGGGUAUUUAGUUAGCCAUACGAUGAAACAUACUGGAGCUAAGCUCGAGUGUACAAAGUGUAAUGCGUCAUUUACAACUACACUAGCAUUAGACGAUCACAUUUUGCGGAAACAUCCUGAAUUUACUACUUCUGUAUCUCGUAAGAUACAUAAAUGUACACAUUGUGAAUAUAAAACUACAUAUAAGUGGUAUUUAGUUAGCCAUAUGAUGAAACAUACUGAAGCUAAGCACAAGUGUACAAAGUGUAAUGCGUCAUUUACAACUACACUAUCAUUAGACGAGCACAUUUUGCGGAAACAUCCUGAGUUUACUACUUCUGUAUCUAGUAAGAUACAUAAAUGUACACAUUGUGAAUAUAAAACUACAUAUAAGUGGUAUUUAGUUAGCCAUAUGAUGAAACAUACUGCCGCUAAGUUCAGGUGUACAUUUGCAAGAAAGGAAUACUUAGACAACCGCACUUUUGGGAAACAGCCUGAGCUUAUCGCUUCUGGGGGCAAAUUGAAAAAAUCUCUGGAUCGUACCAAUUUCAAUAUGUCGAAUUAUGAUAACUAUGAAUGCUGUAAUGUGACAUUUGAUUGUAAAUCGACAUUUGAUGAUCACGUAAUAAAAAGUCAUGCAGAUAUCAUUCGAUGAACUAUGAAAAAAUAUCGUAUAAAAUACCGAUAAUGAUAUCAUUCAUAAGAAUAUACUCAUACAGGAUAUCCUGAAAGUUGGGAUUUUCAUUUUAAGGAAUAACUACGUUUGAAAUAACAAAGCUAAUGUACGGCAAAAUAGCAGCGAAAAGGUCAGUAAGAAAUUGAAGAAAAAUACUCGCUAUUCAUAUUUUCAAGUACUGCCCUGUUACAUGUUUGUAAACACUGCUUGACACCGUCGCUGUUCGAUUCAAAAACCCGAGCUUGUUUAGUUAUGAACUGUGUUCAACCAGACGACUGUUGCACGAUAAAAACAGACAUACGACUAUAUGCAGCUCUGAAGGAAAGAAACGUCCAGGACGACGGUGACGUUUUGAGAGCACUCGCGGAGUAUCAAUAGGAUGUUUAAGAGGCUCAUAUCAAAUCGAUAUCUACGUUAUUGCUUUAGGAAAGAAUGAGGGUAUUACACGGACAGCAAAUUAAAAAAAUCUCUUGAAGAUGGCAUUUGAUGAGAUGAGCGGGGAGAUGGGCAUGAGCUUCGACAGAAGGAGCACGUAUCUAUUCAUUCAGCCCUACAGACGUACGAACUUUUUUAUUUAUCAACGAUAUUUUUAUUUCCCGAAUUGUUCGCUACAAGUUGUAAAUCAGCAAGGAGGCCUCUAUGUUGGCAAAUAAAGUGAUAACGCAGUUAACGCUGUCUUCCUACCCCUUAUCCCUAGUCAGCUUAACUGGAGAACUAUUUCAUAUUUGACAUUGCGUCGAUUUGUGAUAUUUACGAAUGCUGUAAUGGGACAUUUGAUUGUAAAUCGACAUUUGAUGAUCACGGAAUAAAAAAUCAUGCGGAUAUUCGAUGAACUACAAAAAGGAAAAAACGUCGUAAAAAAUUCUGAUAGUUGUAGCAUUUAUUAGAAUACCACACGGUAAAUAUAUGGUAUCCAGGAAGCUGGGACUAUUGCUUUCAGAAAUAACUACAUUUAAAAUAACAAAGCUAACGUGCGGUAAACUAGCAGCAGCAAAAAAAGAAUGACGGAAAGUACUCUUUAUUCAUUUAUGUUAUUGUAACGACGAUGAAACAUUUAUAUGCCCCACUAUUUAUGUCUGACUAAUUCUUAUGUCACCAUUGACUGCACUAUACUUCUCGCUCUGCUACUCCACCGUAAUCCGUACUCUCUGCCCCAUCUCCCGGCCGCCGAGUUAUAUAUAGUUCAAUUACCACUGCGAGAAAACCACAAAGCGAUAUCUAGAAUGUUGGAGAUCACUUCGCGUCGAUCGGUUGAGGGUUGAAAGGGGUAGGAGGUUGUAAAUGUAGUAUUAGUCAGACGUUUUUAUCACUCAGAAGUUUCUGAUCCCUGUAACAACUGGAAAAUUAAAUGAUAAAAGUCCGAUGUAUAAUGUGCUCAUAAAUAUCUUGGCAAUGCGUGCACGGAGCGAUGCUGCGUCGUCGUGGAGGCCACUGCCGACUGUGCAAUCGGUAACAGAUUCCAACUGGUCUGUGGUGGUGUCAUCAGUGACACAUCGCUACGGGAAGAAUAUUUAUAAAUUUUAAGUUAUAUAUUCUGGCAAUAUUUGGAUAUCAGGAGUACGUACCAUUUUAGUGUUCUGCGAUGCUUUUGUAAAUGAUGACUUUACUGUUUUUAUAUGUACACAUGUAUUUUUCUGAAUUUUAUGAUCCUUAAAUGUACCCACCCAUUUCGCCUAACUUUUAAUUUGUGUUGCUCAGUGGUGUUGCAGUUUUUCAGAAAUAAGAACCCAGUGUCGUGCCAAUUUGUAGUUUCGCUAAAGUUAGUUUUAGGUAAAUUUAGUAUAUUAAUUGAAUUUAUUACCCAUUGCUCUGUAAAUGGUGUAUACUGUUGGGCAAUAUAUGCUUUAUUACUAUUAUUAUUAUUAUCUCUGUCAGAAUUGAUGAAAUCCCAUUUCAAAAAGAGUCAGGAGAAAAUACGAUUUCGGGAAAAUUCUUUUUAAUUCUGACAUUCUGAAAAUAAUCCGAAUUACAAAACUUUCUAAGUGCCACUUUCAUAGUUACCUAAAUGCACAACUUUACCCCAUAACCCUACCUCUUAUCGAGGUCCGAGUUUUGAAUAUCUUUCAAAAAUUGAUUAACUGCGGACCAACGGGCAAACGAAAAAGUUGAAAAAUCUCCAUUUUCAACGUUCCAGUCCGUGAUAGAUUUUGACGUUUCACAGUUUUAAGAACAGUUCAAAAC